CAUGCGUCAAACCUUAGCAACGAUUCCAGAUCGUACUUGUCAAACAUAGAGCAGCAACAAAACACACCAAAAUGUCUGAAGUAGAAGAAACUCUCAAAAGAAUCCAUGCUCACAGGGGAGUCACUGGUAUCAUUGUUGUCAAUUCAGAAGGUAUUCCAAUUAGGACAACAUUAGAUAACUCAACGACAGUUCAGUAUGCUGGUUUGAUCCAUCUGUUGGCAGCCAAAGCAAGGAGCACAGUACGUGAUAUUGACCCACAAAAUGACCUUACAUUUCUCAGAAUUAGGUCAAAGAAACAUGAAAUAAUGGUUGCUCCAGACAAUGAUUAUGUUCUGAUGGUUAUCCAGAACCCUAAUUCAGUUUGAGGAACUUGUUCUGCACAUUCAAUAUUCAGCAUUUUAUAAGGAAUACCUCUUGAUAGUUAUGCAGAAUCCUAGUGAAAAUUAAACAGUAAACAACAUAGAUCAACAACAUUAACAUGGACCAACAUUAUUUAGAUCCUCGAAAGAACACAAUAAAAUACGAAUAGUAAUGAAAUUUGAAAAAAGAACAUAAUUGAGAUUGAAAUUGAAUAUUGUAGUAAAGUUGAAACUAUUUUAUUUUCUUAAUUUAUAUAAAAAUGUAAAUGUUGUAUAUAUGUCCAUAUAUUUAUGUUUUAUAUUACUUUGUGAAAAGGGGAAAAAGUAAAAUAUUGGGAAUAAAUAAGCAAUUUAACUAUUAUUUCAUUUACAAUAUAAGCAUUUUUGAUCAUGUUUUUAUUUGUUUAGGUAUACAACUUUUUGUUUCUUUAUUAAGACAUUUAUUUAUCAAAUUCUUUUUCAUGUAUGAGAGUUAUUUGUGUAUGUGAUAUAUGCAAUGAAAGAUUGAAAUCUCAUUAAAUUAUCCAGUUAAUCAUA